CCCGUAAUCAGCUCAGUAUCACGGCAAUGCCCAAGGCACGCGUGCUAGUCGCCCUGGUUGGGGCACUUAGUGCCAUUUUUGGCACGACGUCUGGAUUUCUAGCCACGCCUCUGAAUGCCAGUGACCCGGAUUUGGUGGACAUUUUGUGCCCGGAUGAAACCAAAGGAAUCACCAGGGACCACAAAUGGAUCACGAGAGAAGCCAUCCGGCGGAACCUUCGCCAGUUCUUCAUCGACUACCCGCCGCCAGGUAAACCGGAAUUCGUCGUGCCGGAAUCGGCCUCCUUAACCGAACUGUACGCCGCUUACUACGGUUCUUCGGCCAGUCCGGCCCGGUUCAUCCGGGCGGUCAACACCAUAGCGGAGUCGAACGUUCACGCGGAUUCGUCCACAUCUCUGAGAUAUAACCCCAGCAUUCAAGCGGAUGCUGAAAUCUUCGACGACUACACAUACUCAAUGUCAGACCGAUACCCGCAGAUUUUAACAGCAAUCCUGGUGGACGAGGCCUUCCCAGCCGCCCGCUCCCUCCUGGGCGUCACCCUCCACUCGCUCCAGAAAUUCUACGCCCACUCCACCUGGGUAGAACAAGGGAACACCGACAUCGUUCCAGAUCUGGGACUUCCAGGAUUCCCUGGAUUCGACGAUCCUGCUCAGCCUGAUGAGGACGUCUGCACGCCUUGUCCUUCUGCUCAGGGGGGGUGCAGAGACAACGUUGUUGCAGGGGCAGGCCUCACCACAGGCUACUAUUCCUAUAAAGACGAACUAGCUGUCGACUACCUGGUCCCAAAGCCAGCUACAGGAGGCAAAUGCAGCCACGGCGGUGUCCUCGACGACACAGCAGGAGAAGCUCCCGUAGGAGGCAUCAACAAGGACACGGCUUCGCCCUGUUUCUCGCCUCACUAUUACCUCCACGACCAGGCUGCGGAAUUAGCUGUGAAGGCGACCGACCACUACCUCAGCAUCAUCCUGGACGCCGUCGACGUCGACCAGUACCGAAAAUUAUUCGACCUCUACCACGGGUCUGCACUUUCCAUCGUCAUGGACACCACAGGUUCCAUGGGCAACGAGAUCGACGCUGUGAAGAACCAAGUCCACCAGAUCGUGGAGAGCGCCUCUGCCAGUGAAUACGUCUUGGUACCUUAUAAUGACCCCUCUAUCGGGCCAGUAACAAAGACAGAUGACCCAGCGGCUUUCCUGGCUGCCGUGGACGCCCUGUAUCCUGACGGAGGAGGCGACUUCCCCGAGAUGUUCUGGGGCGGGCUUCAGCUGGCGCUGACCAAUACCCCAGAAUACGGUGCCAUAUUCUGCUUCACCGAUGCCACCGGCAAGGAUGGCGAACUUAUGAAUGGUAAUAUCGCCAUGGCCCAGGAGAAGAACACGAAGGUAACAAUAGUGUUCAGCGGAAGUACCUACGGAGAGAACGGUUUGAUUACGACCAUCGAUGAUUAUCACACACUCUGUGACUUAACCGGCGGUCUCUUCAUUCCCUCAAGCAAAUUCGACAUCGGGGAGAUUACCCCACUUCUCGACGACACUGUGUCGAGUACCGAGGUCGACAUCAACAUCAUGAAGGAGAUUUCAUCCAGCAAAAGCAUCAGCAUCCCCAUUGAUGACUCCAUCUUCGAUUUCAAGGUCCAGGUGGUUGGUCAACCCUCCACCUGCGUCCUGAGGGAUCAUUCUGGCAAAGAAUACAACAUCAUGGACGAGGCAGCGAUGAGAGCGGAACCGAACAUCGAAGUCAUCUCCUACACCAGCAACAUCCGAGCUCUGCGCUGGAACAACCCGACGCUCGGCGCCUGGAACCUGGACCUGAACCCACAGACUGGAACUCUGAGCGUCGACAUCCAGGGCAACUCGACCCUCAGCUGGCUAGGAGGAUUCGCCCUCCUGGAUCCCUCACCGCCUCAUCCUCAUUACAUGGCUGUCGAAGGGCGGCCUUUAACGAAUACUGUUUACUACAUUGACGUCAACCUUGUGGGGUACAUCGAGAGCAAAGUCAAAGACGUGGAUUAUGUUGAAUAUGUUAAUAUUAAAGGUGACGUCCUGAGAACGAUCGACUAUUCUGGUGAGAUCGAUGACGAAUUCUACAUCAGGAGCGAACCUCUCCCUGAGGAACCCUUCUACGUCCUCCUGCAUGGGCACGUCAGCUCAGGCAACGCAUUCUGCCGCUUGAUGUCUGUGUUGAUAACUCCUGUCCAGGCCAGCGUAGAAGUGGCUUCAACGACCAAGGAGCUCUCGGCCAGACCAGGCGACAAGGCCACAGGGAAAUUCAUCGUCACCAACUACGGUUUAGAGUCGGACUUCACAAUCACCGCCAGCGACGACAAACGCUACAUUACUUCCGUAACACCCAGCGUGCACAUCUUGCAAAAUUCCUCUGCAGUCGUCACAGUCCAGUUUUCAGUGCCAGCGUCAGCCACCCCUGGCACUGUCAGCACAGUGACCGUGACAGCGGCGUCAGUCAAGCAGACGCAGUCAGUGAACAGUGCAGUCACACAGUUUGUAGUCUUGCCACUUGAAGAGGACCACGACAAACCGACCUGCGUAGUGAACGAUGCGCCCGUUUGUGAUGGCUUCGGGUACGUUGGUAUCUGUCACACCAAGAACUGGACCGCUUCUGCCACUCUCCAAGACACUGGUUCUGGCAUGCAGAAGGUCUACCCGAAGCCCGACGGUUACUCGUCUCUCGUCGACGACUUCACCCGUGGAUCGACGGAUCCGAUCAGGGCGUCCCUCGACGCUUCCUGCUGCGUCCUCCAGGCGGACAUCAUCGGCGUCGAUGUCGUCGGCAACGUCGGCAGAUGCAUGAUAGACAUGGGCGUUCUGGGAGGCUUGGUAUACGACUUCCAAGUCAUCGACAUUGGCAUCACUUGGGCGUACUUGAGAUGGAGCAUCACGCCCACGCCAUUUGAAAUCCACAAAUACACUCUGGUUGAUAACGACGACUAUACCUGGGAGUUCCCUUGCAAGACGGAGGUCUGCUACCGUAACGUGACGGACCUCGAGCCCUGUCUCCUGCAGAACUUCCAACUGUCACCUGUCUUCACCGUCGACGGAGGGGACUUCAGAGGAGGACACGCUUACGCCUCGGCCACUACGCUAUCUAGGGAACCAGCGUCACCCGUAGGAGGCCGGAUCGUAGACGUCACCGAAACUACUGUCACCGUUGCGUGGACUCCCGUGGACGCGAAUUGCAUCAGUUUAUUCCAGGUGUGCCUAAAACCCGUCGGGUUUUCCGACGCCGUUCGAUGCAACAUGACGGAGGAAACGUCUUUCGAAUUCGUGAAUGUAGAGGCCUGUGCCAAAUACGAGGUCGAGAUUACCCCUAUUGACCUGGAAGGGACCCUUGGCAAGAAAUCUCUGACCAUCGAUAUCAAUACGAAGGAAGGAGUUCCUGGGAAGCCUGUGGACCUUCAGGUGGAGAUAGAAACCUAUGAAUCGGCUCUCCUGACUUGGUGGGACCCAGUGGAUCACGCCCUUUGCGUAGAUACUUACAUCGUGACUACCGAGAUCAUCAGCGGCGCCAGUUCUCAGGAAGUGUCGCGCGAGACCUACUACAGAUCGGCAGCUAAUGCAGGCAUCACCCCACAGCAACAUUUCUUCCAAGAAAAGCCCCUGAGAGGGUGUACCAACUACACCUUCAAGGUGUACCCCAGGGGUUUCUCCGGCACCAUGGGGCCCUACGCCAGAGAGGACAGAGAGACGCUGGAGACUGAUCCGGUACCUGUCGAGUUCGUGAACUUAGCUGAGGUCACAACCACUACGAUAGACGCAGCCUGGGGUUCUGUUGACAUUUGCCUUGAUCACUACAAAGUCUGCCACUACAACGACUACGAUGAGACUGAAGUCUGCGUAGACCUCACAGACACCCAGACGACGUUGUCCGACCUCCUGGAAUGUCUAGUCUACCACGUCUCCGUCAGCUCGGUGACGCCCUCUGGAGUCGUCAGCGAGAAGAAAAGAGCUGACGCGAAGACGGUGGAUGUCGCACCGAGUGCUCCGCAGAACCUGACAAUAGGACAAGUAACACCCCAUUCCAUCGCAAUCCGAUACGACGACCCUUCAGAGAACCCACAGUGCGCCGCGCACAUCGGUCUAGACAUCGCAAAAGCCAACGGCGAACACCAGCAGCCAGUCUCCUCGACGUCACUUGUGAAGGGACACGUCAAGGAGCACACGUUCGAUAAACUGGACGCCUGCACGAAAUACGUCAUCAAAAUCAUGGCCUCAUCUCCUGACGGUUUAGCCAGCGGGUGGGACAGCGUCGAAGCCACGACUGACAUGGAAGUUAGCGGCCCUGCUCAGAACUUCAGGGUUGACGGGAAGACCACAACCUCCAUCAACUUGAAGUGGUUCGAGCCGGAAGUGAACGGACGCUGCGUCCGCAAAUACUCUCUCUCCUGGGAGGGUGGUUCCAAGACCAUCGAGCCAGCGACUCCAGAAGAGACUUUACCCCACGAGGUGGAACAGCUGGUAGAUGGUUUAACUUCCUGCACAGAGUACACUUUCGAGCUGACCCCUUCAACUGCUACUGAUCUCGAUGGUCCUGUUGUGACAAUCACUGAUAAAACGAACUGCUAAUUUCUGAUAUAAGACAGCAGUUUUCUUCAAAUAUUUUUUUGGUGGAAAUUGAAUCAAUGUAUUUUCUUUGGAAAAGUUACCCGAAUAAUCCUUUCCGAUAUCUUUCAGAGAAUUGAAUAUUCAGCUAGUUAGCAGGCUAUAUCUCUUUCAAGGUGUUUAUGAAUCAAAGGGGAUAAUAAACGUAAACUUCUAGUGAUCUAUUAAAUAUUUUCACAUAAAUGUUGUAUAAGUUUCAGUAGUUUAUUGAGACCAUUUCGCUUAGACUGUACAUAGUACUACAGCCGUUAUUGGUAUUUUGUUAAUUACAGCAUAAAGUUUACGUACUUGAUGGACUAAACUACAUGAAAUUCAUUCUUUUUGUGAGAUGUUAAGUUUGUGAUUACUCUGGAACUCUUCUGUUAUACAGUUGUUUAUCCUUAAUGGAUUUUAUUUUGAAAAUGAAUGUCCUGUUACUUUUGUUAGCCGACUGAUACGUAAGAUGAAAUAACCAGACGUUUGGAGAAGCGAACUAGAGUUCUUCAUUUCACUGUAAUUCAAGAAAUUAUAUUUGUGAUUUUGUCGUUUUCACAUAUAGUAGUUUUUACAUGUAAGGGAAAAUUAUAUAGCUGUUGGUUAGUGGAUACUGAAAAUUAAGCAGGAAUAAAAACAGCCUAUGCGUU